AUGGCUUCUUCUUCUUCUUCUCAAUUGGAGUAUCAUGUUUUCUUGAGCUUCAGAGGCGAAGACACGCGUCUUAGCUUCACCAGCCAUCUUCUCAAAGCUUUGAACGAAACCGGGAUAAAUGUCUUCUUCGAUGAAACAGAACUGAAAAAAGGGGAGCAGCUUUCACUAGCACUUUCCCGAGCAAGUGCAGCAUCGAAUCUCUCUAUAAUCGUCUUGUCUAUGGACUAUGCUUCUUCGAAAUCAUGCUUAUCUGAACUCUCUGACAUCAUGGAGCACAAGCACACUCGACAACAUAUUGUUCUUCCCAUCUUUUACCAUGUUGAUCCUUCUCAUGUCCGACAUAUUGGUGGGAGUUUCAAGGCUUCCUUUGAAGAUCAUGAAUCGAACAGGCUAUUCGAUGAAGUGAAGCGAUGGAAAGCUGCCUUUGUUGAAAUAGGUCAACUAAAAGGGUGGCAUAUAAACGGAGACAAAACUGAUAGAUCUGAUGCCGAUUACAUUAGAGAAAUUGUUCAAUAUGUCAUAGAAAAGUUGAACUGCAAAUCUAAAAGUAUUUCUGAAGGAGUGGUUGGAAUAAAUGAUCAGAAAAAAAUGGUUUUAAAUUUAAUUGAGAAAGAAGAUACUCGAGUAAUAGGACUUUGGGGAAUGGGUGGUACGGGCAAAACUACUCUUGCUGAUGUUGUCUAUCAUGAAAUCUCUCAAAAGUUUAAAAGUUGUUACUUUCUUGGAAAUGUCAGAGAGAAAAUAGAAAAACAAGGGAAGGAAUCAGUACGAAAUGAAGUUCUUUCUAAACUAUUGAACUCAAAAACUUGUAUAAACACCCUCUCUAUAGGAUCCAAUUUUACCCGACAGAGGCUCACGAAUAUGAAAGUAAUUGUUGUCUUUGAUGAUGUUAGUGACUCGUACCAAAUAGAUCAUAUGGGUGUGGAAUAUUUUGGUGCUGGAAGUAAAAUAAUUGUAACAUCCAGAGAUAGACAAGUGCUUAACAAUGCAGGAGCUAACAAAAUACAUGAAAUGAAGAUGUUAGAAGAGAACGACUCUCUUCAACUUUUUUCUACAUUUGCGUUUAAGCAUUUGAAUCCUCCUCCUGAUUUUCGAGAUCUAUCGUAUAUGUUUUUGAGGUAUGCCCAGGGUAAUCCGCUAGCUCUGAUAGCUUUGGGCUCUAAACUAUAUACAAAGGAUAGAAAAGUGUGGGUAGAUGAGGGGGAUAAACUCGGGGAAAUUCCACAUCCUAAACUUGUACAUAUUUUGAGGAGAAGUUUUGAUGAGUUGGAUGAUUCGGAUAAGAAUAUAUUUCUUGAUAUUGCUUGCUUCUUGAAAGGGGAACCCAACAGCUUUGUAGAAGAAAUUCUUAGUUGCUUAUAUAAGGGUGUUGUGAGUGGAAUAAGCAACUUACUUGAUAAAUGCCUACUUCAUAUGGAUUCUUAUGGACGAAUUUCUAUGCAUGAUAUGCUUGAAGAGAUGGGAAAGGACAUUGUUCAUCAAGGACUUACAGACCCGAGAAAACGCAGUAGGUUAUGGACUCUUAAAGACGUGAAUCAAGUGCUCAGUUAUAAUAAAGUGAAUAUAUCAAUUCAAGGAAUAAAAUUAGUCACGACAAGAAUUAGAGACAUGGUACUAUUAUGUCCUAAUUUUGGGAACAUACUUAAUCUUAGAUAUCUCCACCUCCGUAUCGGGUAUUUGUCGGAAAAUGAGAAGCAACUUGUUAGCGUAUCUCUUCCUAAUGAGUUGAAGUAUCUUUGUUGGAUGUUUUACCCUUUCAAAUCCAUGCCAUCAAGUUUUAGUCCAAAGAAUCUCGUCGUUUUGAAAUUACAAUUUGGCUAUAUGGAAUACCUUUGGAACGAAGAUGAUCAGGAUCUUGAUAAUUUAAGGGAAAUUGAUGUUUGUUUCUGCAAGAAACUAAAGAAGAUUCCUAAUCUAUCGAGAGCCAUCAACCUUCAAAGCCUUGUAUGUACGGGGUGUGAAAGUUUGGUUGAGCUUCCUAAACUCAACCUUUUGACGUCUCUUAAAAAGCUUGAAUUUGAGGGAUGUCAUAAACUCGAGAAGUUUCCUGAGCUCCCGAAUAACUUUUCUGAGUUAGAUUUAUCACACACCGGAUUAGAUUUAUCACACACCGGAAUCGAAACGGUGCCGGAUUCGAUUCAGCAUCUUGUCGGAAGAGAGUUGAUAUUAAGAUACUCGAAGGUGGAACAUGUAUCAGGCAACAUUUCAAGGUUAGAAUCCCUUGGUGAGUUGGAUCUUUUUCAUUGCAAAAGCCUUAAAACCCUCUCAAAGCUUCCGAGAUACCUGCGGUGGUUGGAUGUAGAUGAAUGCUUAUCAUUAGAACAAGUAUCGUUCACUGAUCUCGAUUCGAAUUGUUCUUUACAUGAUGGUGAUGGUGAUGGUGAUGAUGAUGCUCCGGAUCCGGAAUACGUUUCCAUGUCAUUCUCAAAUUGCAGAAGCUUGAAUCAAGAUUCAAUUAAAAACAUUGAGACAAAUGCCAUGCUUCGAAUUCGAUCACUAGCGCCGAGAUGGGCAAGGAGGAAAGGGAUUGCCGAAGAGAGUUGUUCUCGAAAGCAAUUGCUUUGCUGCUUCUCAGGAAAAGAAGUUUCAGCACAUGAAUUUGAGCAUCGAAGUGUGAAUUCUUGGUUAAGUUUGAAGAUAACACCAAAUGGGAGCAGGUUCUUAGCUUUUGCAAUCUGCGUGGUGGUUGAUUUAACGCGUGUAAACCGAUAUCUUGAAUUCAUCUGCAAGUAUCGACUGACAGCCGCCGGUGGUGAAAAGCUCCAAAGUGAGUGCCGUCUUUGUUAUAUUUCGAAAGAGAUGUAUAGGUACAAGGGUGAACAUGUGUUGAUUAUGUUUAACGAGGAUAUGAUCAUAAUAAACAAUGAUUACGAGGAGGCAUCAUUUGAAUUAUACAUCAGAAACCAUUUCAUCGGAGAAGAAACUCAAGUGGAGAAAUGGGGCGUUCGUGUAUUUCACGUCGAUGCACAGAAUUACGACCAUUCUGCUACUACAGCAAAAAGGUUUAGCCAUGUUGAUGGUGAAGAAGGGAGUGGAUGGCCUAAAAGAUUCGGGCGGUUUCAGUUUUUAAAUCAUUGGGUUAUGCUUUUGAGAAGAUGCAUAGGUAAAUUUCCAACUUGA